CAGACAUGGAUGGUUAUGUGAAUUCUUCUAGCACAUUCAUUAUGGGACUUAGUCUGCAGUCGUAACUUUCCCUAAAGUAGCAAUUGAGAUCAUGUUUAUUGCAUUCUUCUGUUGAAUGGAAUGAUAAAGAGCUCUUUUCUGACAAGUGUGUAGAUUGCUGCGUGUGAUGAUGUGGUGUUUCCUGUGGCUCCUCUCACUGGGGCCCCCCGUAGCUCCAGCCCUGGGGAUGAACAGGGUGGCAGCACGGGUUUGUUAUCGCUGGCAAGCGUCGAACUUCAGUGGUUUGUUCCAGGAUGGAGAUGUCAUUAUUGGUGGACUCUUCAGUCUUUAUUCCAAACCUCCAUCUCUGAAUCAAGACUUCACUCAGCAACCGCUUUACCAGUCCUGCAGCAGCCUGGAAGCUCUUCCUCUACAGUACGUCUAUGCCAUGCUGUUUGCUCUGGAGGAAAUUAACCACAGUACCACCCUGCUGCCUGGUGUGAGGCUGGGCUUUCACCUGCACGACAGCUGUGCUCUGCCUCUCUGGGCUCUGCAUGCAGUGUUGUCUCUGGUGGGAGGCAACAGCAGCACAUGUAACCCAGAAUAUUCUUAUGAAGAGGUGUCCUCAGGCCUUCGGUCUGUUCCUGUGAUCAUUGGUGGCGAUUCAUCAGUCACAGCGCAGAUUCUCUCCAGACUCCUGGGGCCACUCUCUGUUCCUCUGAUGAGCUACACAGCCAGUUCCCCUAGUCUGAGCGAUAGAACCCAGUUCCCAAACUUUUUCCGAACAAUGCCCAGUGAUAUUUACCAAGCACGAGCCAUUGCUCGACUGACAAUUCGCUUCAAGUGGACGUGGAUCGGAGCCGUUGUGGCGAACAAUGAUUACGGACUGAUGGCUGUGAAGAUAUUUCAGGAGGAGACUCAGGGUGCAGGUGUUUGUUUGGCUUUUGUAGAAACUCUCAGCAGACAAAAUAUUGUUAGUGAUGCCAGGCGAGCCGCGCAGGCAAUUCAGUCCUCGGCAGCUAAAGUGAUUCUGAUCUUCACCUGGUACACAGAUGUCAGGGAACUGUUUCUGCAGCUGGUUGAGAGAAAUGUGACCGACAGACAGUUUUUGGCAAGUGAAGCUUGGAGCACCAGCGGUGUUCUUCUCCAAAAUCCAUCCACAUCCAAAGUAGCCAAAGGCGUCCUUGGUGUGGCCAUCAGAAGUUCGACUUUACCAGGAUUUGAAAAGUAUCUCAGGAAGCUCAAGCCCUCUCUCCAUCCUCACAAUGAGUUCCUGAGAGAAUAUUGGGAGAACAUUUUUCAGUGUCGUGAGACCACUCCUGACAAUGACUCUUCCUCUUCUGAGUCACCUCUGCCAUUUUGCAGCGGUACAGAGUCGCUAGAGACGGUGAAUGACAUAUUUACAGACAUGUCCCAGCUGAGGGUGACCUAUAAUGUCUACCAGGCUGUUUAUGCCGUGGCUCACGCACUGCACAGCCUUCUCUCCUGUCCUGACAUAAGCAGCAGUCCUGCAAACAAAAACUUCAACUGUUCUGUCCCAAAACAAAUCAAACCUAUUGAGGUUCUGCAACAUUUAAACACAGUAAAUUUCACUACAACCCAGGGGGAAUUGUUUUAUUUUGAAGGUGCUGAUGUUCCAGCAAAAUAUGACUUGGUGAACUGGCAGAUGACGCCCGAAGGGGAACUUAAACUUGUUCGAAUUGGACUUGUGGAUGGAUACGACCUAAAACUUGACGAGACUGCAAUUCAGUGGCGCACAGGAUUUAGACAGGUGCCUAUGUCAGUGUGCAGUGAAAGCUGUCCUGCUGGUACAAGGAUGGCAACAAGGAAAGGAGAACCCGUCUGCUGCUUUGACUGCAUACCGUGUGCAGAAGGAGAGUUUAGCAACAGAACUGGUUCCCAUUCAUGUGAGCCUUGUCGUUAUGACUAUUGGUCUAAUGCUAAAAAAACUGCCUGCCUCCCGCGUCAUUUGGACUUCCUCUCCUAUAAUGAGACCUUGGGCAUCACUCUGACCGUAGUCUCUGUUUCUGGGGUCACAGUAACUACAGCUGUGUUUGUGGUUUUCCUCCACUACCGACAAACACCAAUGGUGCGAGCCAACAAUUCAGAGCUGAGCUUCCUGCUUCUAGUGUCCCUGAAGCUUUGUUUCCUCUGCUCUCUGGUCUUUAUCGGCCGUCCGUCGGCCUGGUCUUGUCGAUUCCAGCAGGCUGCCUUUGGAAUUAGCUUUGUCCUUAGUGUUUCCUGUCUCAAGGUCAAAACAAUAGUUGUUCUGGCAGCGUUUCGGUCAGCGCAUCCUGGUGCUGAAGCAUUGAUGAGGUGGUUUGGUCCGGGGCAACAGAGGGGCAGUAUCUGCCUGUUUACAAGUAUACAGAUUGUCAUCUGUAUCAUUUGGCUGACAGUCAGUCCCCCUGUACCCAAACCUGAUUUUGAAUUACCAGGGUUAAAAGUCACGCUGCGGUGUGCCAUGGCCUCUGCAGUUGGAUUUUCUUUGGUUCUGGGCUACAUUGGACUCCUAGCCUGCUCCUGCCUCAUCUUGGCCUUUCUCGCUCGAAAACUCCCUGACAACUUCAAUGAGGCCAAGCUAAUAACCUUCAGCAUGCUGAUAUUCUGCGCCGUCUGGGUGGCUUUCAUCCCUGCCUACGUUAGUUCACCUGGAAAAUAUGCAGUAGCCGUGGAAAUUUUUGCAAUUCUGGCCUCUAGCUAUGGUUUGCUUCUCUGUAUCUUUGCUCCAAAGUGCUUUAUUAUUCUCCUGAGGCCAGAAAAUAAUACCAAAAAACACAUGAUGGCAAGGUAGCAAUAGUUUUUAUUUUACUUUUUUUUUUUUUUAA